UUAUUGGCAGUUGAGUAAAGAUCUCUUAACCAAUAAAAAGGAAUCAUCUGUGCUACCUCCUGUUAGUGUAAAAUGAUCACAUCUGAUGUUGUGUGAGGUUUUCCUCAUAAAUAAGUAGUUGGGUUUUGGCCGCUUCGAAUCCACUGCUCUCUCUGCUAGGGCAAUUGUUACGAACAGCUAUGGGCCCGCAUGCCGGUUCAUCAGGCGGCUGUGCUCGAAUACCUGGCAUCCGCCAUUUUGGAACUGGUGCACGACGCGGCCAGCAACAACUAGAAGACGCCCAUCAUCGCGCAGCUGGCCAACCGAGACGCAGCAAACGGCUGUACAAAGUCGCCAUCGCGCAGGGCGGAGUUCUGCCCUAAAAGACCGACCGAGAACUACAAAAUGAAGGACAAAAUAGAUCUGAUCUUCUGCAUUCGCAUGUAGGUUUUAGAUAUUGUUAAAAUGUUAAAAGUCCACUUUCCUGAGCUGCCCAGUAGCGCAAAAGGAAGUCUUGCACCUUCCACUUUGAUCAGCCAAAUUGUGUUUAUUAAAGCAAUGCCACAGCCAUUUUGCAUCUAGGGAAUUGUUCUCUAGGCUUCAGAAUAUAAGACCUUCAGAACACUCUUAAGUGUAGAAAUUAGAAAACUAAACAGCGAAAAGACUAGUUACAGAAAAUGUUUCUGUGAGCGCUGAUGUAAUAUUUCCAUAUCUGAGAUUAUUACUUGUAGGUUUCCAUGAAAGGUAAAGAUUCUCUGUCACUUAAAACAUCACAAAGGAUUUCCAUUUUUUAGUAAAAGUUUUCAGGAACUUCUAAACUGAUAUCGGGUAGAAGAGCACUGACGUGUACAUUUAACGGGGGUGGGGAAAAAGGGCAAUAUUCCCUUUUUCCCCAAGAACUGAAGGGUUUUACAGAACUGGCGGACUACAAUACCAUUGAAAUCUAACUUUGUGAAAAAAAUAACCUGUUCUGUCAAAUGCAUUACGUUCAGACUAGUAAAAGAUGGGGAAAAAGGUAACAUGUGAAAGGAGCCAAGUGUAGAAAAUAGUACCCAAUGAAACUGCAUUAUUGCUGGACGAGAGCUUAAAAAGAAGCCAAUCAGAACAUGGCGCGUGAUAGUUAAACAUUUUUCUCAUCCAAUCACUACACCUCAGGUACUAUAAAUACUAGCGAAAAAGCUGGUUAAGUUAUUAGUCCUUACUGUCUGUUUUCAUCUUGUUUACUAUGGCUCGCACCAAGCAAACUGCCCGUAAGUCUACCGGCGGUAAGGCGCCGCGCAAGCAGCUGGCCACCAAGGCGGCCCGCAAGAGCGCGCCCGCCACCGGCGGCGUGAAGAAGCCGCACCGUUACCGGCCCGGCACGGUGGCGUUGCGCGAGAUCCGGCGCUACCAGAAGUCUACCGAGCUGCUCAUCCGUAAGCUGCCGUUCCAGCGGCUGGUCCGCGAGAUCGCUCAGGACUUCAAGACCGACUUGCGCUUCCAGAGCUCGGCCGUGAUGGCGCUGCAGGAGGCGUGCGAGGCCUAUCUGGUGGGGCUCUUUGAGGACACCAAUCUGUGCGCUAUCCACGCCAAGCGUGUCACUAUCAUGCCCAAGGACAUUCAACUCGCUCGCCGCAUCCGCGGAGAGCGAGCAUGAUUUUAAUUUCCACUCAGUUUUCUUGGGAACAUCCCUUCGGUCUAAAGGCUCUUUUCAGAGCCACCCACGUUUUCAAGUAAAAUGGCUGUAGAAGACACUACCAUGAAUUCCAUAAUUGUUUGGUCAGCCAUAAGCUUAAAAAUUAGGCGUGGACAACAUUUUGCUGGUUUACACGUGUGUUCUCUUGGUCUGAACAUUAGGCAAGUAAACUCGUCCUUCGGCAAGUGAAAGGUAUUAAUGCUUCUCGAGCACCAAUUGUGGAAGAUAGAAGUGACAAAGGUAUAUCAUAAUAUGAUUAUAUAUGGGUGGAAAACAAACCUUUCAACUUAAGUUCCUCUUUUAUCUUGGGUGUUUUUACGAUUUUCGUUUCUCAUGAAUCAAUCUUUUUGCCCUUCAAAAGGUUUCUUCUCUCCUUACGAAAGUAAUUUUUUUUAAUGUCAUAUGUAUACAUUCCUAAACCCAAUUGCUCCAAGUAGAAAAAUGUAGGCCAGUUAAGGAAGCAAAGACCAGUUGGCAAACCGGGCUCCGCCUCGCUCCCGCAAAUUCCCAGCAUU